UUUUCCCAUCGAGCACUGUCCCAAUCUCAAAACCCCCAAACCUAAACCCUAACUCCCAAACUCCCUCUCCCUCUCCCUCUCCCUCUGCUUCUCCACACAUCAAUGGCGGACUUCAACGUUUCACUUGAAAAGGCGAAAUUUUUCUUGCAGUCGCAGUAUCACGACGAGGAGAAGUGGGCUCUUAACAUGAAAUUGCUGCGUGCUGCAGGGCUGUUUGCAGGAUCGAUUCUUCUAAUGAGGAGUUAUGGUGAUCUGAUGGCUAUUUGAGCUCUACCAAUAUGUCGUAGGCCAUCUUAUUUCGCAAGUUCUGUACGGUUCCUUUUGUUGUUUUCGCAGAUUUGUUUAGCACUCUAUUAAGUUACAGGGUUUCCCUGUUUACUUUUAUCGUGUCGAUGUUAGUAACCUAAAUGUGUUUCCAAAAACAUAAGAAUGUGGUUCUCUUGGAGAGUUUUUGAGAUGAAUGAAAUUACUCAACUUUCAUA